CACAGCCCCGCGGAUAUCCAUCUUGUAAUAUAUCUACUACAGUAUAUAUAUUUCUGGAUAAAAAUCCAACUCCACCUGGAUGGAAACACCAGAAUUAACAUCAGCACAGUGACUCAACAUCAGAGGCAAUGCUACAGAAGAGACGUCGGGAAAACAUAGAGGAAAGGAGCAAGGAGUGUGGAUUUCUUAUGAUCUCAAAGAGACUUGAGCCUCACGUGGCGAGUGAGGGCUCAUGGUCGGAGCAUGCCAUGUGCUAGAGCGGUGAGGCAGUGGGAGAUCAGGCCCACGUCUGCUCUGCGGGGGAUCAGACGGACCAGGGCCCUGAUGUGGCAGCGGAUACGGGGACUGGCCCGGGCCUGCCGGCAUGGUGUGGGAUACCCAGUGAACUACAAUGACCCGGUCCAAGAGGAGCAGGAGAUGGUGUGCCUUGAGCCCAUGGGAUCAGAGCGGAUGGAGAUGCGAAAGAGGCAGAUGUCGGUGCAGCAGGAGUCGGCAGCGGGGGGAACUGCACCGGCCCAGCAGGGCCAGUCGGAACAGGCCAACCCACGGGGCUCAAAUGCAUGUUGCUUCUGCUGGUGUUGCUGCUGUAGCUGUUCCUGGAAUGAAGACCGGGAUGAAAGGAACCGAAAGGCUUCUUAUGACGUCAAGGAAGGGACCGCAGACUGUGAAGACUGUCCUAAGCCCACGCUGGAGGAGGUGCGCUCAUGGGGGCAGUCGUUUGACAAGCUGAUGUGUUGCCCAGCCGGGAGGAACUCCUUCCGACAGUUUCUCCGCACUGAGUUCAGCGAGGAGAACAUGCUCUUCUGGUUAGCCUGUGAGGAGUUCAGCAAAGACCCCAAUAAGAGUGCGAUAGAGGAGAAGGCUCGGGUCAUUUACGAGGACUACAUCUCCAUUCUCUCGCCUAAAGAGGUGAGCCUUGACUCCCGUGUGCGAGAGUCAAUCAACAGGAACAUGCAGGAACCCAACUUGCACACAUUUGACGAUGCCCAGCUGCAGAUCUACACACUAAUGCAAAGAGACUCGUAUCCCCGCUACAUGAACUCCCCAGACUACAAAAACCUGCUCAACACUCUCUCAGAGCAGUCCCCCGAAUCUUAGGGUGGUGAUGACCUGUGAUCUUUUAACUCUCUUUACCCCCCCCCUACCCCCUUUUUAAAAAUUUUCUUUGUAUGUUCAGUGUAGGAUUACAUGAACCGGGCCUCGAGCCUGGACCCUCCCAGGGAUCUCAGCGUUAUUGUGAUCUGCACCUGACCGAAGACACUCAGGUCUCAAAAUCUCCCCGAGGGCUUGACAUCACAAGUACUGCUACAGAUCAACAUAGCAAAACACUCCAAAGGAAUAUGAAUACGUUUUGUUUCUGUUUUCUUUUUCUUUCUUUUGAUAGAAAUAAUCUAUUUUAUUUGUGUUCAGAGUUUUUUAUGGUCUGUUGUUUUUUUUGUAUGAUUGUUUGGGGGGGAAAUGAUUCCUACUGUAGACUAUAUAUUUAUGAGUUUGUAAAUAGUAAAAAUGGAAUUGGGGGUAUUUUAUGUAGAAACGCCUGGUUCUAUUUACUGCGUAUGAAAAUCAAAGCUCAAGUCAAAGGCUACAUGUUAGCUCUACUUGCAGGCAGCUUUGUGGGGUACUGUAUGAUUUUACCUUGGUUUCACCCUGUUUUGUUACCUAACCUCACACUUUGGUACCUGUGACAGCGACUUGGCAACUCCAGUUCAUUUAGAAACUGUGUGUGAUUGAAACAGCUGAAAGUGUGGUUAUCAGUGAAGUAACAGAAAGUGACAAUAGCUCUUGUCACAGUGUGCAAUUUGUUUCCGUAAGAAACUCAAAUCAACGAUGGAAGGGUAUUUUAACUUUCUAUACUCAAUCUUAACCACAGAAGACUGCCUAUUUAAGGCAUUUUUUUUAAUUCAAGUGUUACUCAGUGCACACCACGUAGGUUUAAUAUAGUUUUACCAGUGUGACAUAAGAAUCUAAGUAAUUCUAUUUACCAGAUAAAGUAUUUUUUAUUCACUGAUAUUGCCAAUACAGAAAAACCAACAAGUACAAAUUAUAUUUAGUCCAAUGGUGGAGUAAACUGUACUGUUAGGUCACUGCCAGAUAAUGUAGAAAUUUUUCUUAUGGGUCUGUAAUUUCUUUAUAAUUUCUUGGAAGUUUCCUAAAAGAACUAAGUAAUUUGGUACUAAUUUGGACAGAGCCAAGGUAGCUGUUUCCCCCUGUUCCCAGUCUUUAUGCUAAGCUAAGCUAAGUGGCUGCAGCUUCAUAUUUAUUGUACAGACAUGAGAGUGGUAUUGAUUUUCUCAUCUAAUGAAAGCAAAUAAGCAUAUUAAAUUCUCCAUUUAUGUCAACUUGUUCGUUUGCCUGGAGACAAAUUUGACAUAUUUUCAUUUUUAGCUGACAAUUAUUUGUAAUUAAUUAAUUGGAAGUGUAUCAACUGGUGGUCUCUAUUUGACCAAUAAUUAGUACUUAAAUACAUAGUUCUUUUCAGGAAACUUAUUGGAAAAGGUAAAAUAAAGCAUCACCGAAAUUUGUGAUAUUGACCAUUUCUGACAGCAGGUGGAGUCAUUUGUGUAUCAUCCUGCAAGAUUUUGACUUAAAAAUCUAUUUUAAAAGCCCACCUGCAACAUGAAAUUGACGGAGUCUGGGGUCAGGCCAGGUUAGCAGCAACACCAAAGCUACCAUGUAAACUGUGUUCAUGUGCUUAUCGAGACCAUUUUCAUUGACUAAAAUUGGAGUUGCCAAGUGUUAAAUACUUUUAUGUAUUCUUAUAGUUUUAGUUGAAUUACUUUGUUGCCUCACAAACAUGUCACUCAAAGACAAGAUCCUCACAUGGGGAAGUGCCUUGACAUUCAAUUUUAUGACAUCUUUCUCAUGGGCAACAGUUGUUUUCAGACUUUUGCCAUGAGGGUGGUUACUGGAGCACGAGGCCAGUUUACUGAAAACAGUCCCUCUCUUUGGCCAAAUUAUCGCAUGUGUUUUGUCUUGAUUCCUUAGUCGUGGCUACAUCAGUCCAUUUUGGUAGCGCUACCAAACAGUAUGGCGGAGGGUGAUGACAACACAUGUCUUUAUUUGCUGAAGACAGACAAAGAUCAAUGGAUAGGGCUGGUUGAUCUGAACUUCUUGCCAACCUGUGUGCUUCUUGGUGGCACUUCUACUUGUCUUAGAGUUAACUUUAACUUACUAUGUGCAAUUUGAGCUGAUGGAUACACCGUGCAGAUCAACCUCAAAACACAAUCUAAGCCAAUGGUUUGGAGUGAUGCCUAUAAAUGUUGUUUCUUCUUCUGUUUACUUUAUGAAAUGUGUUAUUUUGCGCUGAGUUUACUGAAGAAUCCAUUAAAAAAAACAAAUAAUGUGAAUGUUUACAGUAUAUGGUUUAGUUUUUUUUCUGCUACUCUCCAAGAAAAUAAUGACUUGUGGGCAUUUUGAUUGAGAUAAAAUAAAGCACAAUAAUUUUA